GGUAUGUUUGUUUUUUUAAUUUUUUAAGUUGUGGAAAAAUCAGGAACAUCUGACCCAAUAGAUCAUUCAUACUGUGGAAUGUUUCCUAAAGAGGACUUGUUUAAAGCCGUUAGUGGUGGUCCCAACUGGAUUGCUGUAAAACCAGUCAAUCGCGAAUGGGGCGUGUGCACAUUUACUUAUUCUAAAGUAGCACUACCUCAAGCAGAGCUAAGAUGUUCUAAUUGUUCAUCUUACCUCUGCAUUCAUGUUACAACUCUUGGGAAGGCGCUGGAAAUCGUACAAGAUGAUGACGACUCGCAGCUAGCAUAUUUUAAGUUAGCUUUUGAAACCUCACCUGAAAUGAGAAAUUACUACGAGUUGGCAAUUCAUAGUGAAAAAAAAGUUAAAUUAUUUGAAAUAGGUUGUGAUGAGAAUGAUGCCAAUCAUUUUGCUAAGCUUCUGGCUAUGAACUGGUCAAAGAUAUUCGUACCUAGUGCUUGUGGUACUUGCUCUUGUGGUGCUGCUUGGGAUAAGCGUGAUGUAUCAGAUGACUGGCUGGAUGUGGAAGGCUGUCAUGUGGCGUAUCUUUAUAAUUUCCACUGUGUGAAUGUGUAUUAUCGACCGUGUUCUACAUGCACAAACAAGAAGCGGUACGAUGGUAUCGAGAACAACGUCUUGUGGUUUGGAUCAUUUUCCAUUUCGCAUGCAGUCCUCAAAGAUUAUAUAAGGCAUUUUUUUGUUUCAAGCCUGCCCAUGUAUAAAUAUUACGUGACGUACGUCCAAAGACAAGUUAUGUCAGGAAAUUUGAAUUUUUCUGGCAUUAUAACUUACACCAAGUUUCGUCUGGCAGUUACUGCAAUGAUUAGAUUACUUGACAUUGACUUUGUUGACACUUUUCAUUGUAACAUCUGUGGAAAACAUCCGAAAAAAGUUGUUAUGGACGGUACGGCACUUGGUAUCCAAAAAACCUUCUUGCCUCGUAAUGUAGCUCCCCCAGAAGGCCCUACGAUGGAUGGAAGAUAAGUGUUUUUUCUGGGUGUGUAUUUUUUCAUUGGCUAGCUGGACAUGUGUUUUAUUUUGGGGCGGAUUUUUUCCAACACUAGGUUCGAAACACGGAACUUCCUCAAUCGGAAGAGGCAGAGAGAGUUGUUGAAGAAAUUUAUAAAGAACCAAAUUACAGAAGACGAACUCGUGGAAUUAACCUCGGAAGUAUUUGUUACGGCUUUCAAGUGAUGCCCGAUCAUGAAUCACCCAAUGUUCCUUUUACCAUUUUAAGAACUCGAUUUUCUGAAGCUCCUGAACUAGUGAUCUAUGACAACGCGUGCAAACUACACGAGUACUGCCUUAACCGCGAUCUUGCUUUUUUUAAAAAAUCCCAAUUCAUCGUCGACAAGUUUCAUUGGAGAAACCAUUCUGGUUGCUCUGAGGGAUACGAUAUUAAUAGAUAUCCCAUUUUAAAAACGCACAACAGCCAAGCUGCAGAGCAGUGUAACUCUGUAAUGAAGCCACUUGCGUCAAUGGUUUCAUACAUGGAAUAUGACAACUUUUUGCUAUUUUCGAAAUUGUAUAUUUGGUACAGAAACAUGUUGCGCAUAAUAAAAUGCAAUCCUGGACGGGAUGUUCCAGAGAGGGAAACGUUUCUUGCAAUCAGCAAUAUUAUCAGAUAUGUAGUAUUUGAAAACCAGUAUUAUUUAAUUGGGAACCAUGUUGAAACGAAAUGCUAACACUUUGGAACAAACAAAAAAAGUCUAAGUAACAGUUGAAAUAUUUUUCUAAAUUCAUCAUUUUUAAAGAAAAUACGUCAUAUUUAUGACAUAUCUGCGUAACGUAUAGCUGUAACAUUUUGUCCUCAAACAGCUUCAUAUUUUUCGCAUUUAUAGCAUAAUGAAAAAUUUUGGAUAUGAAAAUGAAUGAAAUCAAUUUUUAAAAUGUUGAAA